AUAUGUUCACCUUUUUGUGCAUAACUACGCUGGAAUACAAGUAUGCCUGUGAUCGACUUGCAAACUGUCACAAUUAUCACUGGUGGAAGGUCGCUCUGUCUUAAUGAUUUGACUUGGAAAACCAAUAUGUUGAUCUAGGAUAUGCCUGGGUUAUUCUCGGAGAAAGUGAUCAACUCUGCUGCAAAUGGGAUAAUGAUCCAAUGACUACUCAACUGGAACAGAAUAAUUUGAGGAUAUGACUUCUGGACAGGGGGAUAUUGACGGAGGAUACGCCUGGGUAAUACUAGCAGCCUGCUUUUUUAUGUACAUGCUACUACUGGGUUCCAUCAAGUCCUUUGGAAUCCUGUUCUCGGAAAUCCUGACGGUGACAAACGGUGGCGCCGGAAGUACUGCACUCAUCGGAAGUACCGCCAGUUUUAUACAGUCUCUGGCAGGUCCCUUCGCCAUUCUGCUAGCCACGCGUUACUCGUUCCGUCUGGUAUGUUUCUGUGGGGGCCUGUGUCUCUGUUUGGGACACGUAUGUUGUGCCCUCACCCUCGAUGUCAGGUAUUGGUACCUCACAUACAGUUUAAUCACAGGAAUUGGUUACGGCUUAACAUAUGUCCCGUGUUCUACUUUGAUCAACUACUACUUUGAACGCAACCGUGCCCUUGCUAACGGCAUAGUGUUGUCUGCCAGUGGAGUUGGCGGGUUCCUAUUUCCACAUCUAUACCGGUUUCUAAUUGACCAAUACGCAAUAAGUGGAGCCAUGUUAAUACUUGGUGGUGUGUUAUUGAAUAUAUGUGUGGCAUCGUCCUUCAUUAGGCAGCCGUAUGAAUUCAGCUCUUGUGCCUCAAAGAAUACAAAAGAAUUGCAAAACGCGCCAUCGUCAUGCAAAGAAGUUCUGUGUCGCAAGAUCUGCGUCUGCGACAGCAAGAUCAUGAAAGACUUGACGUUUUUAUCGUUCUCACUAGCGUUUUGCUUGACUGCUCUCAGCUACUCCGGGUAUUUCUACACUUUCCCUUCGUUUUUAGAAUCAGAAAACAUAGGAAAAUCAACCACCGUGCUAAUAUUUUCCAUCACAGGUGUAUGUGAAAUCUUUGCCCGUGUAGCUAUGGGUUGGUUUACAGAUUUGAAGGUCCUUUCACCGACCAGUAUUUACGGAUUAUGCAUGGUCAUCAGUGGCAGUUUAGCCUUUAUUGUGCCAAUUGUUCGACAUCCGUCCGUGUACUACGUUUACGCUGUGAUUGUGGGGAUAUUCCCUGGUUCUUUUUUCGCAUUGAUGUCUAUUAUUCUACUGGAGAUCGUCUCACUAAAGGAUCUCCCCUCAGCAUUUGCUAUAGUCACCAUAUUCAUAGCCAUCUUCUGUCUUCUCGGAAUACCCUGCUUAGGUUGGAUUGAAGAUUUAACAGGGAGCUGGGACGAUGUGUUCUACGUGAGUGGUAUUUUACAGCUACUCGCAGCCGUGAUAACGUUCGGUGUGUCCCGGUGUACUAAGCCUCUCGUCACUGAUGACAAUGAGGAAAUGGAGAAGGAUGUGAACGACGCUGCCAACGAAAACUUGCUAGAAACCAGUAAAGGAUAGAGACAGGGGAUGGCGAUUCUAUCCUGGCGCACCGUGUGGGACAGACCCAAGCUGUGCUGAAUGCAGACACCCGAUGUCUGAAAAUUGCAGAUGAAGAUGUCGGGUAUACCCGAUUCAACGCGCCACGUGUACACAUCUUUUGAUGGUGAAAUCAUACUUCAUAUGAAGUGAUUUAAAGAGGUAUUAAAUAAAAUUUUGGUGUAUUGAGCCACCUUAAAGACAACACUACAUUUUUCGUGGUCAUGCAUCAAAAAUUUUCUUCAACCUACAAA